UAUAUGGGACGCAACCUCUCUGUGUUUGGCCAUAUACAUUCAACCCCUCUUAUUUUCUGAUUGAACUUUAUCUCGUAAAAUCCACCCCAUUUAUUUUCCUGUUUCUUUCAAGCCUAUACUCUUUCAACACAAUUUUUAAAUCAAUCAAGGAUAAUCGCACCUCCAUCUCUAAUUUCGCCGACUGUUGUGGGACUCAUUGGUGAUUGUGGAUCCACAAAUAUGCAAUAAUUCUUAACUUGAAGCCUUAUUACUCCGAGAAUUUUAGGACACUGCUUGUCUGAAUAGUUGUUUGAAAAGUUCAUCAAGGCUUGCCAUCCGAUUUGCUAUAAAGUCAACUAAAGAUAUUGUUUUGUGUCAUUUGCUAAAUCAGAACGUUAUAAGAUUCAGACCCUGUGUUUUAAGGUUCUGAAGCUGCCAGUAAAAGAGAAAUCUCAGUGCCUUUUAGCGUGCUCCUUUUUUUUACCUAUGAAUGGUCUGGGAUUCCGGGGUGGGGUUUGGAUUGAGUGUAUGAAGCAGAUCCCAGUCCUUCACUGUUUCAGAUCAGUAAGGGAUGAUGAGUGGUAAUUAUUUUUUGGUAAGUAGUUGCCUCUUUUGGUUUGUUACCCCUAUGGCCCUAUGAGGACUCGUUUAGUGAUUUUGGUGCAUGCAAUAUAGAGAUGCGUUGCUAGUGGCAGAUCACUAAGAAUCAUUCUUGCAAACUUGUGAUAUGUUCACAUAUAUCUUACCUGCUGUUAGGGGUCAUAGCGAAAUGUAAAAUUAUGAUCUCUCUUUUAAAGAUGGUCUGAUUUUACUGCUGCUAUGUGUUUUGGAUGAUGACCAAUAAUGUUUGAAUUUGUAAUUUUGUUUAAAUCACAAUGUUUCAGCAUGGAAUAAAAUGUGUCUAACUAACUUAAUAAACUUGUUCUUGUCCUGUUCUUUUUCCUUUAUUCUCUGUGUAAUUGAGGCACUCUACUAAAAUGAAAAUUUAAGUUUUUGUAUAUCUACAUACCUCAAUUUAAAGAGGUUCCUCUUGGGCUUUCUUUUAGAUCUAUUGAGGAUCUUUAUUCUUUUUGUGGAUUUGGUAAUGACAUGUAGAGUAGAUGAAUUGUGGUCUUACAGCUAUGAAGUUGAAUUUUUUGGAUGUUGGGAUAACAAUACAUAGAGUUUGAUGCUUAUUUGUGUAUGACCUGAUGAAAUGAUAAUUCAGUAAGAGAUAGUAUAAAAUUAAUAGCUAUCUAGAAUUGAGCUGGAUGCCUGCAAUUGUUCAUACUUCAUUCCUCUCCCUCCCUCAGUGUGUGUCUGUAUGCUCAUUUUCACUUCAGUUGAAACUCCCAUUUGUUUUAUGAAAUCAUAAUUAUUUGCAUCAAAGCUCCCACUUCAUCAUGUUGUCUUCAGUUUGUGUUUUUUUGUUUUUGUACAUUAAAAAUUGUGUGCUAAUGCAAUCAAUAUUAGUAAUAUAUCGCAGUGCACAUAAAUGGCUAGUAGGAAAAGAAGCAUAUCACAUGAUUCAGAUGUGUCUCAUCUGUACAAGGAAUUGGAUGAAGCCUUAUGUCCCAUAUGCAUGGACCACCCCCACAAUGCUGUUCUUCUCAUUUGCAGUUCCCAUGUUAAGAGUUGCCGCUCGUACAUAUGUGAUACUAGCUAUAGGCAUUCAAAUUGUUUGGAUCGUUUUAAAAAACUGAAAGAGGAAAAUGUAGACAACUUGUCUGCAACUAGUUUGGCAUCUGAAGGUAGUCAUAACUCUGUUUUGAGUGGGAAUUUGGACCUAACAGUGGCGACAGAUCAUGCAAAUCACACACACACACGAACUAGCAUGGUACAGAUUGGCAUGCGUCAAGGAGAUUCGGGUGGGCAGAGCACCCACAAUGUUAAUCUGAGUUCUGGUGAAGGAGAAGGAAGAGUUUGGGAAAACCUUGAUAUUGGGGAACCCAACAUGGAGAAAUCGGAAGAGGUAUCAAAAUUGAGAUGCCCUCUAUGCCGUGGGAAGGUUUUGGGGUGGAAAGUUGUUGAGGAGGCUAGAAAGCACCUGAACCUAAAGACUAGAAGCUGCUCUCAUGAAUUGUGUCUGUUCUCUGGUAGUUACAGGGAGCUGCGUAGGCAUGCAAGAAGGGUUCAUCCAACAGUGCGCCCGGCCGAUGUCGAUCCAUCUAGACAGAGAGCCUGGCAUCGCCUUGAAGGUCAGAGGGAGUACAAUGAUAUUGUUAGUGCAAUUCGUUCAGCCAUGCCAGGGGCUGUUGUCUUUGGUGACUAUGUGGUUGAUGGUGGGGAUAGGCUGUCGGGUGAAAGAGAUAGAAGUGGAGGUGCUGGUGAGGGUAGCCCGUUGUUGAGCACCUUAUUCCUGUUUCAGAUGUUUGGUUCACUGGAACCUGGCGCUGAACCAAGAGGUGGCCGGUCAAGACAGUUAGCAAGACAUCGCCGAGCUGGAACCUCUUCCAGACGUCGCUAUCUCUGGGGGGAAAAUCUAUUGGGCCAUCACAAUGAUGACGAUGAUGAUGAUGACCAGGAUCAUGAUACAGACCUUAAUAUAAUGAGUGAUCUUGGUGAUAAUGCUUCUCCAAUUCCAAGACGGCGUCGUAGGUUAACACGUGCUGAGUCGGAUGAAGGUCAACAAUAGGGAACCAUAAAUUGCAAGUAACCUCGAAGAAGCUCAUGGUGGGUCUUGUCUGACCUGAUGAGAUGCAGGUGACCUCGUGAUGAAGAUUCGGCAUAUAUGACCGAGACAAGGGUCAUAAUGUACCAGAUCUACCCCAGAAUAAUGAACGUGUCAACGUGCUUUAUAUCUGGGCCUGUUCAUGUAUUAGAUGUGAUUUUCCCCACAUGAUAGGGAAAGAAUAAUCAAAACCCUCUUUUAUUUUCAUUCUUUUCAGCUGCUGAAAAUGUGUGACCUUUCUCUGUUCUUUAUCUUACACUGGAUUGGUAUUAUAACCUUUCAGCUUCCACUUGUAUCAUCUAAAAUGUCAUUUCUCUUUAGCUUA